AUAUUCCGCGCUACCGACGCAGCAGAAUCAUCAUAAAAACAUAAACGUCAAAAUAAAACACUACGCGGUGCCACCUCGCGAUUUCAGCGGCUCCGUGUGUGGCCCUGACAGAUUCUGGUGGGACGAUUUCGACGCCAAUCGGUCCUUCGGCCGUGAGCAGCUACCGGAACGACCCGUUAUCAUUGCAGUGACAUCCUUUUUGGCGAAAUGAAAUAAUAACACGAACAACGCGAAAAUAAAUAGUUGGUGCCUGCCUGUGGGUAACGGCCAUAUUUGCUUAUUGUUGGUGCGCGCGGAACAAUCGUCGUCGCGCGUGCGGGUCCGACUGAGGCUGCUUAAUCGUGGUACGAAUUUUGCUAUUGCUUUUCGACAAAUCGUCAGUACAUGUGUUUAUUUUCGAGAGUUUUGCAAUUGUGAGCAUUUCGACGGCCCUCAGCAGCAGCAGUAGCGGACCGGGCCGGCCGUGUUGGUGCGUCGGUAGCAGUGCAAAAAAAAAACGAGGACGACACGUGGCCGCGCGAAAGGCAUAGCGCGUAGAAACGACACAGACUAUGACCGUUGAGUUAAGCCUCGAAGCAGUCGUAAUGGGAGACGAUGAGGAAGCUGCUGAUGAGCAGCAAACAUUACCACAGGAACAGCAAACGAACUCCUCAUCCGGUAGCGGCAGCAGCAGCAGUAGGAGCACCAAUAGUAGUAGCACAUCAAACGGCAGUGAGGCAGCCCCCGAAACAGACAUGAUAAAUUCUCGACCGCCAUCGAAUCAGAUCGACCCGGAAGAAGAUCCGCCAGUAGUACAGCCUCCCGCCCACGAAGAUUCUACACUGUCGCCAAAGGUGGCAGCAAACAGUAGUCGGACAUCAUCUGUAGCCUCCCCUCCGAUAGCUCCAACCGCUUCGACAAUGUUCGAACCGGAACCCGCCACAGAUUUGUCUCUUCCAGAAAAGAUGGAAAUCAAAAUCGAACCCGACCUACUGGUUGAGAACCAACAAGCUUCACCCGAAGCGGAUAAGGAGGAAGAGAGCAAAUCUCCAAAGCUAAGCUCCGCUCAGCUACCUAUGCUUAGACUGAAUAUUGCGCUCGCUUCUGACCCGGCGACCAAUCCGGAUGCUAAAGAUCUUAAAAACAUCACCGCAGCAAACGACAGUCAGUUUGAAAAAUCGAUUGAAUCGGAUUUCCCCGGAGCCGCUCCUCAACCACAACCAGCCGCAGUCAUACGGAAGCCAAGCAAGGCCGAAAACGUCACCAUCCCAAUCAACGUUGAUCUGCCCCCUCGGAUACCAAUGUUCAUGUGCGGACCGUGUGGAAUUCGCUUUUCGUCCGCUUCAACGCUGGAAGCUCACCAAACCUAUUACUGUUCUCAUCGCAAGGAUGCCGACGAGACUGCCGGAGGUGUUAAAAAUUCCAACUCCAACGAUCCGAACGGUUCAGAACCGCCAGCUAAGGCUGCCAAAACCGGUAAACAGUACGCCUGUACUCAAUGCUCGUACAGUGCAGACAAGAAAGUCUCUCUAAAUCGGCACAUGCGAAUGCACCAAUCAUCACCGGCGCCUAGUUCUAAUGCUUCCAACGGUGACGAAAGUACCGCUAGUCAACAGCUGCAUCUGCAAUUUCAGGCACAAGCAGCAGCCGCUGCAGCUGCUGCUGCCGCUGUGCUUCAACAACAGCAGCAACAGGUUCAGCAGCAGCAGCAGCCCCCUCAGGUUGAUCGUUACUGCUCUGAUUGUGAUAUUCGAUUCUCCAGUACCAAGACUUACCGGGCACACAAGCAACACUACUGCAGCUCCCGGCACCGAGAAGGUCAAUCCAACAACAGCACACCAAAGCCUCCGCAAAAAUCGGGUUCCCAGAGUCCACCGGAUGUCGCUAAAACACCGCCAGUAGCACCGCAACAGCCCUUUUUGGCGUUACCAACCAAUCCUAUCAUUGUGAUUCCCUACUCGCUGAUACGCGGUGCAAGUGUCAUCCCCGGAUUGCUGUCCUCCCUCGCACCGGGUAUUCCCAAUCCGGAAUCGGCAUGCUUCUUUUUCCAAAACGGUACACUUCAACCGAUUGCCGUGUCACUGGCCUCGGCUACAGCCGCGGCAGCUGCCGCAGCUGCUACGGCUGCUGCAGCCGCCGCUAGUGCUGCCGUUUCGCAACAACAACAACAGCAACAAAUGCAGUCAGGUUCACUUGGUCAACAUCCCACGGCGCAACCAAACAGUUCUGGUUCGCACUCUCGCGGUCAGACUCCCAACGUCGGCAGCGAAGGGAGUUCCAACAGUAACAGCACCGGUGAAGUUCUCAAAGCAGUAAACAAACGAGAAAACAUCAAAGAAUCUUCAACUCCGUUGGACCUAUCCGUCCGGCGGCUGUCUCCCGGAGUGGGUCUCCGAGAGCGUUCACUCUCACUUUCCUCCGCCAUAUCAGUUGACCAGCUCCGAAUGGAUUUCGACAGCCUAAUGGAGGGUAAAGAGAAUCUCUCAGUUAGCGGCGAUUCGAUCACUCCAGAACAGAUCGUCUGCGCCCCGUCGCUACCGGGAAGUCCACCCCUAACGCCAUCGCCUAAACGUCGUUCGAACAGUCCACGUGGAGGGGGUGGUGGAUCUGUCGGAAGCGUUGCCGGUGCGCGAAGUGAGCGCGAUGGCUCCGUCUCAAUAUCACCACUUACACUGCAGCAACAGCAACAGUUGCUUAUGCGACCACUAAUUCCCGCAGAUAUCGCUCUGCGGCUCUCGGCUGCCGAUCCAGCACUCAAUCUGAACCUCAAUAUUUUACCCAAUUCUCAACUACUCACCAAGCAAGGCGUCGAGUUGGCCCUCCGUCUCUCAUCCACAGCCAGCAGCAACAAUGCAGACCACGCUUCCAGUAAAAACAGUCUCCCUCAGCCACAGAUGUCCCCUUUGCUAAACAACAUCUCACCGACCACGAACAGCGUACAGGUACCGGUCCUGUCAAGCACUCCGCAGAUCUUCGUCAAGCAGGGUGACUCUAAAUGCAAAGAGUGCAAUAUCGUCUUCUGCAAGUACGAAAACUACUUGGCUCACAAGAAGCACUACUGUUCGGCCCGAAAUCUGGAUGGCGAUGGCGACAAUCCUAAAGUGAGUCCACCGAUUUCUCCACAAGCGGCGAGUCCUUCUAACUCAGCGGUAAAUGCAACCGGUACCGGAGCACAGCGUGCUUCAGUGGGUGGCCAACCUAUGGCUUACCAGCAGCUGAUAUGUGCCGCCUGCGGCAUCAAGUUCACCUCAUUGGACAAUCUGAGCGCCCACCAGAUGUAUUACUGUCCGAAACGGGUUGACGUUCAAAUACCGACUAAUGUCACACCACAAAAGGAACGCUGCUCCAAGUGCAAGAGUUUGCAUGAACCGGGACAGCCUUGCACGGUAGCCGGCCAAGGGGCCUACAAAUGUCCUAUUUGUGAAGCAAUUAGUCCUAACUCGACGGAAGCUCGUCGCCAUAUGGAUACCCACGGAGGUGUGAAGGCCUUUCGCUGCACUAUCUGUCGGUACAAAGGAAACACGCUACGUGGCAUGCGCACUCACAUUCGGAUGCACUUCGACAAAAAAUCUAAUGACUUCAAUGAGGAGAACUAUAUUACCUGCAUCCUAGAGGAGGAUGGCAUUGAGAUACCACCGGCAGCCGCCGUAGCUUCGGCAGCUGCAGCUGCUGCGGCUGCUGCCGCUCAACUAAUGAAUCAGGCAGCUGCAGCGGCUCAAGUCGCUAGUCAACAACCGCCAUCGUUGCCGCCACCGAUGUUGAUCGGUGUUGGCGACAAAAUUACUCCAGCUACCGCUGGAUCCGGUCAGCUGCAUUUCUGCGAACUUUGUCCGUACUACUCCAGCUACAAAAUCAAUGUGGCUCAACAUAUCAAAUUGGUGCACAGCCGGGAACGGCCACCGAACAAUUCACCGUUGAUCGGUGAAGGCGGUGAGUCGCUAAUCUUCAACGGUGAAAGUGGCAGUUCGACACCACGACCACCAGUGGCCAGUACUCCUGGACCCACCGGUAACAGCGGCAUCAAAUCUGAACCAGAAGAUGACCGCCCGGAAGACCCCGACAUCGAUGUGGACGUCGUCAUGGAAGAACCCGAAGUAAUCAUCAAAACCGAAGCCACGGAUUUGCACGCCAACUCACCGAUGGGUUCGCCGGCCCUGCCGUCACUAGUACCAAGCCAAUCUCAUCCACUGAAGCUAAAAUCUCUUCCGACCGUAGUGAAUAGCCUGAAAAGUUCCCCGAAUCAUCAGUCACCACAAGCGAAAACUCCCUCGCCACCAUCCUUUCUGGGUGAUAUCAACCACAGCGGACCGAACUAUUGCGCGCCCUGCGAUAUCACCUUCAACUACGUUAACACAUACAUCGCCCACAAGAAGUUCUACUGCAAAAACAGUCAACAGGAAGUAAGUGGAAGUCCCGCCGCAGUUGGGGCCCCAGUUAGCAUUCGGGCGGCCACUAGUGGCUCCCCGAACAACGUCGUAGCUGUUACCAGAGCAACGGAAACGUCUGUUUAAAUAAUGCCAUUGGAAAUGCACCGCUAACCGAUGCUCGUUUCCAAUGCAAGUCAUCGAUUAGUGCGAUGCGACUGCUAACGAAAAAAUCGGGAAGAGGCAAUUGUAUACGGAGAAAAUAAACAGAAAUAAUGAAUUUAUGCAGUAUACUGCAAAAUGUAUACGUUUUUACCGGAAAAAAUUACUAAACGCAGAGCUGUAAAUCGUAAAUCAACAUACGCAUUUGGUAUAUGUUUAAAAAAAUGGACGUUUCUGUGUUAUCUGUAAUGAAGAGAAAAAAAGCCGUUAGAGUCAUGCACGGAUUCUUAACAUUCUAACAGUUUGUCUUACUAAGCUUACGCGUAAUGAUUGUUACGAUAAACUAAACACUUAGUAGCUCAAAUGCUGUGUAUAUAAUAAUAAAACGAUAUCAGAGAAGCGAACGCCGCAAAAGUUAUGUUAAUCGCUGUUCGCCAAUCUAGGUUCUCUAGUUUUAGCUUUCAGUUCAAACCUGUUUUUAAUUAAUUGUAAUAUUUUUUUUACCAAAGUUAGCGAGUUGUUUUCAAAUUUACCACUUUAAUUUGCAACCCAACAAAUACGUAGAAACUUCCAAUUAGAGUCAAGACUUAAUCUAUGUUUGCAUUUAGUAGAAGCUAAUAUUAAGCAGCCAGCCAGCGAGCGGUUUGUACAUGUAAAUUUAGGAGAAGAUUCUAGCCUGUCGUCGUCGUAUGUAAGUUAUAAGCUCGAAUUUACCUACUAAAGUGAAAUAAGCUUCAAGCAGUAACACAACACUGAAUUCUACACACUUGCUAGUACCAAGAAUUAAAAAACAACAGAUAGAUUUCCCAUUCAACUGCUCUAAAACCACCAUAAUAAGCCUAAAGCGAAAGUUAAUUGCCAUAUAAAACAUUACCAUAUUAAAAAGUAUCUACACUACACUCACUCGAUCCAGCACCGAUUUUCUAAAACCGAACCAUCAAUGAAAAGAAAAGAAAAAACACUCUAUAAACAGUUCUCCCCACUAGUAGUUAAUCAACCGAUUGCAUAACACGUUGUAAAUUUGAUGUGCAUCUCCGAAACGGUGUAAAAGAAAGAAAUUCGUAACGUUAUAGGACGCAAACUAAAGAGAAAAAAAAUCAAAUGACAAUAAAUUAUUAUUUAUCAAGCUCUAACGGAAUCGAGUAGUGACCAUCGAGAACCGAGCAGCAAGCAGGCACAUCAUCGUGUAGAUUGCGUGGUAAUUAAGAGAAGAAAACACACAUUAGAA